AUGGGUCACCUAAACCCCAUGUCCACACAUGCAGGGGACUCUCCUAGGAAACAGUUCCACCAGAGAUGCUGCAAGGGAAUCCCCAGCAGGGUGCGGGGAAGAGUGUGGAAGAUACUUCUGGAUGUGGAAGCAAAGAAGGCCCAGAACCCGGGGAUAUUUGAGAUGCUGAAAGAGCAGGCCCGGCUGCAUUGCGAUCAAUUCCACCUGAUUGACAUUGCGGUGCAGUGGACGUUCCCAAAUCACCUGCUUUUCAGAGAGCGCUAUGGAAUGAAACAACGGGCCUUAUUUGAAGUGCUGGCAGCCUAUGCGAUGUACAAUCCCGAGGUGGUUGGCUAUGGCCAGGGCCUGAGUCACAUCGUGGCACUUUUGCUGAUGUGGCUUGGUGAGGAGGACGCGUUUUGGGCCCUGGUGCAGCUGAUGGAGAACGAAAAAUACUCAAUGUCUGGGCUCUACAAACCGGGAUCACCGAUGCUGGAGACACUCCUGGAGCACCUGGGACACAUCGUGCACCGCACACUCCCAACUCUUGGAAAACACCUGGAGAAGCAGGGAGUGAAGUUCGGUGACACCAUCGCCCGCUGGUUUACCCAAGGUUUUCUGGAUGAGGUGCCGUUCCCGCUGGCCCUGAGGAUAUGGGAUAUUUUUAUCCUGGAAGGGGCACACGUGCUCAGCACCAUGGGCUAUGUGGCCUUGAAACUGAACCGAAAGUGCCUGCUCAAGAGGACCCGGAACCACAUCGGGGUGUUCCUGCAGGUGACCCUGAGGCAAGAAUGGGACAUGGACGAUGAUGCUGUCAUCAAGCAGCUGCAGGCGUCCAAGCAUGAGCUGGCCAAGCGAAAGUGCCUGCUGCCUCCCGCAGCAAAGCUCCGUGAGGCAUGCACCAGGCUCUGAGAAGCCUGUUGCUGCCCCCACACCCCUGCAGGGCAGGGGAACAGCUCAGGGCCCAGGGACACUGCAGCAACUCCCUGAAUUUCCAGUUAACCUCGCUG